GACACGCACUUUGGUAUGCUUGACACGCUCCACCACCAGAAGCGACCUACUAAGACGACCACAGAACUGCCCUUGAUCGAUAGCCACUUCGACGCAGAGUUGCGACUCCCAGACAUCGACACGUUCCAAUUUGGCAAGCUCGACGACCUCAGCCUCCCCGAAGAGCCUGAGCAAGAGGCUAGCAUCAGCCAUCACAAGCCGUCGGAACCAAGCCUCUCGGGCGAUAUUGAAGCUCUUUGGAAACUCGAUCUCAACACACCAGAUAAUGUCUCUCUACGUACGUGGGAAGCUUUUGCCAAUGAGCAUCACGUCGAAUCGCGCGUCUCUUGCAUCUCCGAAGCUGGUCCACGCGCAUUCGAUGCUCUACAGUCCCACGACACCGACGUCCUCCAGUCCGCCUUCACCCUGAAGUGCCUGGCCCUCCUAGGUCUCGGAAGGUCUUCAGCUUUGUUCCAGUGGAAGAAGGAAGAGAAGACAUUCGUCCCCACACUCGCUAACGUACGCCUGUCUGGUCUAAGCAGGACUGCUUUUGACAGUAUUAUUGAUCGGCUUUCCACCACCGGCUCUGAUUUUGCCGAGCUCAGACAAUUUGUGCACUCUUCAUAUGCCAACAAGCAUCCUCUAGCCGCUCGUGUUGCUCUUGCGACAAGCGUCCAGGCUGUAGUAGAAGCUCUCGACCAGAACUUGUCUGAGUGUGUUCUGCAAGCUCCUUCAACCUUGCAGCUACUGGCUUACUUCGAUGGUCCAGCCGUGCUGUUGGCUGAGAUGAGGAACCUCGUCGAUGCUACUUUCCAUGCAAAGACUGACACAAUCUUUCUGUCUGUGUGUCACGAAGUGAUUGACAAAUUCACAAACGCAUGUUCUUCCUUCCAUUCUCUCCACACAGAGAUACUGAAUCAAGUUUCUCGUCCUUGGUAUCAGGCAAUCUGCCAGAAAACUGGCCUCACCCGCGAGCGACUGGAUUUACCCGAUCAAGACGAUAUCCUGGAAAGCAGCGCUCAUAUCUCGCCUCAUGACAGUGCGCAGAUACAUGAAGUCAUGACUGGUACAGCAAUCUUGGCCGUCUCGGCGCCUAGUCAUCCUCUGUUGCAUACCGCUUCCUGGGGGAUUGAGCAACCUGAUCUCGAGACGUCAAUGAUGAACACGGACAUUGAUCGUAUCACCAAGAAAGCAGACAAGUAUCAGCAGGACUUGCUUGCUGCCAUCUCUAGAUACGAAAGCGGAGAUUCUAAGCCGCAUGGUGCAGAGACUAAGGAAGACUUUGAUGACUUGACAUCAGAGCAGCUACCAUGGAGCCUUGAUCAGGCUCAGCAGACCUACUUCGAGGGCGUGGGGACCCAAUUCACCCAGUAUCCUCUGAAUCAAGCCGACGCCUCUGAAAUCCAGCUUCUGGUUGCGAACGUCCUCAAAGACGUAGACGGCAAUCAAGAUGUCUCGCGGCUUGAUCUCCACAUCCCCACAACGACAACACUGCGGCGUCUUCAACCAUAUCUUAAUGUCCAAGCUCGGCUUCUAAAUGGUACUCUUCUUCGCCUUCUCUUCCGACAAUUCUCCCUUCGCGAUCAUUUGACCUUGAACCGUUCGUUUCACCUUCUAGGCAAUGGCUUGUUCGUCCAACACCUCACGACCGCACUAUUCACAUCCGAAGCAAACACACAUGGCUUGCGCCUAGACAAUCGCUCCAAACAAUGGCCACCUGCAUCUUCGGAACUCAGGUUAGGAUUGAUGGGUGUCUUGUCUGAAGCCUACGGUUCGAACGACAUACCCGGCAAUCUCUCUUUCGCCAUCCGAGAGCUUGGCGAUGAAGAGAUAGAGAAAUGCUUGGACGCCGAUAGUAUUCACGCUUUGGACUUCUUGAGGCUGAGAUAUGAGGCUCCUGCGCCCUUAGAUGUGAUACUCGACGACGCUGCUAUGUCGAAAUAUGACGACUGUUUUCGCGUUCUGCUAGGUGUGCUUAGGAUGCUGCAUUUUGUCACUCUACUUCGUACUACAGCACAGCAAAAGGACAGUCCCGCAGCGGUGCAGGCGUUUGCACAUGAAGCCUGGAGCUGUGUGUCAAGUCUUGCGUCUUACUUUUUCGACAUCGGGAUCACUGGUCCUUGGAAAGAGUUUCAGAGGACUCUGGACGGCAUCGAAGCAGAUCUCCUGACCGAAGAUCAGGAAGGGUGCUAUGGCGAAAGAGUUCGCAUUAGUGUUUCUGGCCUGAGGGACAAGCACAACGACAUGUUGGACACGAUUCGCUCACGUCUGUUCUUGCGGUCACGGCAUAAUAAGCUGCGCAGCGCUGUCGAGGACAUCUUUGGCUUCAUCCUUGGAGUCCAACACAACGAUCUCGCGACCGACGAAAGCUUGCUCUGGCAACAGAAAAACACGCUCAGGGAGAAGAUCGCGGGAUUGAGGGAUAUAUUGCAUGAGCUCACAAGAAAGGUUGGCAAGAAGAAGGAUCUGGCGUCACAGGAUAGAGAUGAUGUAUUUGCAGCUGAGGUCUUAGGCUUCAGACUUGGUGAUGAGUAG